AUGGGAAUGACAAAUAACAAAACACAAUGUUUUACAUGUAACAAGGAAAAAGCAAUAUAUUCUUGUAAAGGAUGUUCAAAUAGAUUUUCUUUUACGGAUUUAGCAGAGCAAAAACAAUUAUUAAAUGAAGAAUUACAACAUAUUACUGAGGAUUAUGAUCAAUUUAAACAAAAAAUAAAUGAACAAAAACAAAAUCCACAGAAUGAUGCGUUAAUAAAACAAAUUGAUCAAUGGGAAAGAAAUUCAAUUGAAAAAAUUCAAGAAAAAGCACAAAAUUGGAGAGAAACUACCCUAAAAUAUUCACCAACAGUUAUUAAUGAUAUUGAAAUGAAACUUGAUGAUUUAAGUGAACAAAUAAAACAAAUUCACAAAGAAAAUGACUAUAAUGAAACUAAAUUAAACUAUUUAAGAAAUCAAUUGAUAACAAUCACAGAAGAAUUCAACAAUUCAUCAAAUAUUUCUAUUGAACAAGAUUCACAAUCAUUUAUCAAUGAAAUUUCAUUUAUUCCUUCAAAAAAAUCCAAAUGGGACGAAUGGAAACAAAACGCUAUCACUGUGGCUGGUGGAAAUAAACAAGGACAAGAAUUAAAUCAACUUAGCGGUCCUAUGGGAAUCUUUAUUGAUAAAAACAAAAAUAUUUUCAUUGCUGAUUAUGAUAAUCAUCGUAUUGUUGAAUGGAAAUAUAACGCAAAGGAAGGACAAAUCAUUGCUGGUGGACAUGGCAGAGGAGAUCGAAUGGAUCAGUUGGAUCAUCCAACCGAUGUAAUUGUUGAUCAACAAAAUCAUUCAAUCAUCAUUGCUGAUUGGGAAAACAGACGAGUGAUUCAGUGGCUGAAUCAAGAUCAACAAAUUCUUAUUGAUAAUAUUGAUUGUGUGGGUUUAGCAAUGGAUAAAAAUGGAUUGCUUUAUGUCUGUGAUUAUAAGAAAAAUGAAGUAAGACGAUGGAAUAUAGGAGAAUACAAUAAUGAAGGAAUUAUAGUGGCAGGCGGAAAUGGACAAGGUGAUCAACUCAAUCAACUUAGUUCUCCUACUUUUAUCUUUGUUGAUGAACAUCAAUCUGUUUAUGUGGCAGAUAACAACAAUCAUCGUGUGAUGAAAUGGAAAAAAGAUGCAAAAGAAGGAAGAAUUGUGGCUGGAGGAAAUGGGAAAGGACAAAAUCUUGAUCAAUUGUUUGGACCUCGAGGAGUAAUUGUUGAUGAUUUGGGUCAAAUCUAUAUAGCAGAUCGUAGGAAUCAUCGAAUAAUGCGUUGGUGUGAAGGAAAAAAAGAAGGUAAAACUGUUGUUGGUGAACAUGGUGAAGGAAAUCAAUUGAAUGGUCCCACAGGUUUAUCUUUUGAUGAUGAAGGAAAUCUUUAUGUUGUUGAUUGUGAAAAUCGUCGAAUUCAAAAAUUUGAAAUAAUUUUGUGA